AUGACAUUAGAUAUUGGUUCAAAAUAAUUAGGGGAUUCUUUAAGCCUUCUAUAUCAAAGAAAUAACUUCUAAAACUAGGAAUUAUUAAAAUAUACUAUUUUUCUAAAGAUGCUAUAAUCUUCAAUGAGAAAUUAAACUUUUUAUAUUGAUAUUCUUGCACUUUAAGAUCUAGAGCAGAUAAAAAUAAGAGGUCUAAAUAAAAUUAACAACAAACCCUAAUUUCAAACAAUAAAAUUAUUGAUUCUGAGUUACAUAUUUGAAUUUGGUAAAGUUCAUUAUCUAUUACCUCUUAUAAAUGAUACCAGUCACUGAAAAAUGAGGAAAAAAAGUAUAUCUUCUUUGGAAGAGGAACCAUUAUAAACUUUAAUAAGAUCUAAAACAAAAUUAUAAUCGAUCAUAUCAAAAUCUUCAUCUAUAUCAAAAUCAAAUAAUUAAUUAAAAUGAAGGAGGGUUCGAUGGUGAUAAAGAAUAG